AUGGGUUUCAGACAGAUUGAUGUCCCUCUUGGGAUAUUCACAACCCACACUGGCUUAGUUUAUCUAAAAAAGCAUCAUCACCUUCUGAAACAGUUAGAGAAUGUAUCCGAUGCACUAGCUAUAAGUUUGGGUGCAGCUUGGAGUGUUGCUAAUGUUUCUAAAGGAUCAACAGUUGCGAUUUUUGGUUUGGGAACUGUAGGGUUAUCUGUUGCACAAGGUGCUAAAAUAAGGGGCGCAUCUAGGAUAAUUGGGGUGGACACUAAUCCUGAAAAGAAAGAGAAAGCAAAAGCUUUUGGAGUAACAGAUUUCAUCAACCCAAAUGACAUUGAUGAGACAGUUCAACAGGCUAUCAAGCGACUUACAGAUGGUGGUGUAGACUAUUCAUUUGAAUGCAUUGGAGACACUGAGAUGAUAAAUACAGCUUUGCAUUCUUUCUGUGAUGAGUGGGGUGUGACGGUUACUCUUGGGGUUCCUAAGACAAACCCAAAUGUAGCAUGUCAUUAUGGAUUAUUUCUUACUGGAAGAACACUAAAAGGGUCUCUUUUUGGAGGAUGGAAACCAAAAUCAGAUAUUCCCAGGGAAGGUAUCACGACUCUAGUGUACAAAGGAUAG